GCACCUGGAUACAACGAGACGGAAGUUUGCUGGAGCCGCUGCUGCUGCUUUGAACAAAUCUUUUUUCGUCCUGUUACGGAGGACAAGUCCAGUCAGGAUUCGCAGAGAGAAGGCAGACCCCAGCCAGUCCGGAAUGGGUGACCUCCUGUGGAAUAUACUACGACACUUUUACUAGUUUAGAUCAGCAACAGUUGAGCGACUCAUGCUGACUCCCCACUCAAGUCCAGCCCCCUCUUCUCUCUUCCACCAUGUCCUCCCUGCGCCGAAUUCUGCGGAGACGACUGCACCCGCUCAAGCUGGCCCUCAUCGCCUUCCUCUUCAUCACCUUCGUCGUCUUCAUCCAGUGGGAGGUCGGGGCGGGCAGCCAGGAUGACCCUUGGCUACGAGACAUGGCCGAGAAACGGGACUCCAUGUUGGGGAUGGUGAUGGGAGCUGUCAAUAACCUCCGGGUCGCGAUGCCCAAAAUGCAAAUCAAAGCUCCGGUGAGACAGCAGCAGGAGGUGGAAGACAGCGGGUCGUGUCUGCCCGGGCAUUACACCGCGUCCGAGCUCAGGCCUGCUCUGGAGCGCCCCCCGCAGAACCAACUUGCACCUGGAGCAGCGGGGAAAGCGUUCCACACAGAUCACCUCAGCCCAGAGGAUCAGAAGGAGAAGGAGAAGGGGGAGGAGAAGCACUGUUUUAAUCUGUACGCCAGUGACAGGAUCUCGCUGAGCAGGGACCUCGGAGCGGAUACGAGGCCGCCAGAAUGCAUCGAGCAGACUUUCAAACGAUGCCCUCCCUUACCCACCACCAGCGUUAUCAUCGUCUUCCACAAUGAGGCCUGGAGCACCUUGUUAAGAACCGUCUACAGUGUCCUCCACACAUCUCCAGCCAUUCUACUCAAAGAGGUCAUUCUGGUGGAUGACGCCAGUGUGGACGAGAUGUUAAAAGAACCUCUGGACGAGUAUCUGAAGCAGCUGAACAUCGUGCGGGUGGUGAGGCAGAAGGAGAGAAAGGGCCUGAUCACCGCUCGACUCCUGGGAGCCUCGGUUGCCACGGGAGACACGCUCACCUUUCUAGACGCUCACUGUGAAUGUUUCCACGGCUGGCUGGAGCCUCUGUUGGCCCGGAUAGCGCAGAACUCCACAGCGGUCGUUUCUCCCGACAUCACCACCAUAGACCUGAACACGUUUGAGUUCGUGAAGCCGUCUCCGUACGGACAGAACCACAACAGGGGCAACUUCGACUGGAGCCUGUCCUUCGGCUGGGAGAGUCUGCCCGAGCACGAGAAGAACAGGAGAAAAGAUGAAACAUAUCCCAUCAGGACUCCCACUUUUGCUGGAGGCCUCUUCUCCAUCUCCAAAGAUUAUUUCUACCAAAUCGGGAGUUACGACGAGCAAAUGGAGAUCUGGGGUGGAGAGAAUAUCGAGAUGUCAUUCAGGGUGUGGCAGUGUGGAGGUCAGCUGGAGAUCAUCCCCUGUUCUGUGGUGGGGCAUGUGUUUCGCACGAAGAGCCCUCACACUUUCCCCAAAGGGACUCAGGUCAUCGCCCGCAACCAGGUCCGCCUCGCCGAAGUCUGGAUGGAUGGAUACAAAGAAAUUUUCUACCGACGCAACCAGCAAGCGGCGCAAAUGGCCAAAACCGGUGCGUUCGGUGACAUCUCUGAGCGCGUGGAGCUCCGUCAGAGGCUGCAGUGCAAGAACUUCUCCUGGUAUCUUCAGAACGUUUUCCCCGAGGUCUUCAUGCCCGACCUCCACCCUCUGCGCUUCGGCUCGGUGAAAAACGUGGGGAAGGAUAUGUGCCUGGAUGCCGGAGAGAACAACGAAGGAGGCAAACAGCUGAUCAUGUACCCCUGCCAUGGACUCGGAGGAAACCAGUAUUUCGAGUACUCCACCCACCGCGAGAUCCGGCACAACAUCCAGAAGGAGCUGUGUUUGCACGGGGCGGACGGGGUCACGUUGAAGCUGGAGGAGUGCCAGUAUAAAGGCAGGGACAGCGCUGUGGGGCUGAAGCAGAAGUGGGAGCUCAAACAGAAUCAGCUGUUCUUCCUCCCCGGUCUGAACUCGUGUCUCAGUGCGCGACACGAGCACCCGUCACUGGCGCCUUGUAACCCUGAUGACCGUUUCCAGCAGUGGCUAUUCGUCUGAACCACCCGAACGAGAAAAAGCUGUUUUUUAAUGCAGAUUUUUGUUUUGUUUUUUAAAGAUUGAAGACCACUCUUAACUUAUUUUUAUACAUAGAGCGAAACUACUGGUGCAUGGAGGACAGAAAAUGGACUUUACUGAACUUUACCUGUUGUGCCUAUGAUGGUGUUUUGGAUACAAGAAGAUCAAAGUGGGUCCACAACCACAUUUCCAAUAGAUCUGCGAAACUGGGCCGUACCUGACUAAAGAAAAGAGAGAAGAAAGAGGUCUGGGGUGGGCUCUGGGAUUAUAUGGGCCGGUGUGAUUGGUCCAACAGGUAUCCGCAGUUUAAACUCCGCCCCUUCAGCCUGAUGUUUGUACUCAGAAAAACCUGGCAGUCUUGUGUGAUGUCACCAACUACUUGAAAUUGCAGAGUAGCACAAACCUACAUCGAUCAUUUUAACCAUAAAGCUGCAAAUUUACCUAGUUUACUCAAAAUUUGCCAAAAAAUGACUAGAAACCAUAAAUAAUGCUUUUAAAAAAAACACAAGGGGAUCUAGUUUUUAGUUCCACUUUUAAUGUACAACCUGCUUUGAAGUUUUAAGUUUUAACAAUUAUGUCUCAAAAUUAUAAUUAUUAUAAUUUCCAUACACCUACAUUUGUACUGUAAACAUUUCACCAAAGAAAGAAAAUUUUAUCAUGUCUGAAAUUAUGUAAAAUGUCCCCUUUAACAUAGCAAAGUGCCUUUAGUCCCAUUUUGUAUUGUCAGAAUAAUUAUGUUUAUGGAGAUUGAAUGAAAAAUAUGUUUUGUUAUCGAGUUUGGGUCCAAUUUUAUACAAUAACUGUGCCAAUGGAGUGCCUAUAUUAAGUCUACUGAAGGGGCCUUAUUGCAAUGCAGGGGGACGCCUCUGCUGUUUCCUGGUGCAGGCACUAGUGUUACGAUGGAUGUGGGAAUGUUUGUUUUUGUUUGUGGUGUUUGGAAGUCUGUGAACAUUAAAAGACGCU